AUGCCAUUCAGAGACUCUUGUGAGGAUGCUGUUGGAGCCAACCUUACCUGUGACUUCACUGUUGGAUUCCACUUUUUGAGAACAAUUCUAUAUGAUGCUGCUAUUUUGGUAGAAUAUUCUUUCCUCAGUCCUGAGAGAGCAAUUAACGUACCAUCCAAUCGGGUGACAGAUCUUGCAAUGAAAAGAUUGAUCAUUACACAUGAAGCCAUAGAGCUUUUCAGGAAAAAUGGGGACCAAAAGAGAGCUAUUGCGUAUACUAGUUCAUUCUCCAGUUCCGGGCUAUGUUCCCAAAUUAUCCAGUGUAUCACCAGCCAGGUUGGCAUGGAUGAAGAAACAAGUAGAUUGAAGGGAGCAUCACCUAAAGCUCUUAUAAAGUUGUUACUAAACCUUGAUGGUCAAGGCAUAAGGCUAUUUGAUGAUACAAUCUCCAAAUUUCAUGCCAAAUUAGCUCUUGAUGAUUCCAAAUCUGACUAUGAGCAAUCAACAUUUAAGCCAGAGGGAAAGAAAGCAGAUGCUGAUGUUCUGUUUUACAUUGAUAACAAAGGAGAAGAGGAAGACCAUCAUGAGGAUGAUAAGGAGAUAAAUGAGUCCAUGAGUGCUGCAUUUGUAGCUUCUGCACAGAAAAUGAGAUUGACAGAAAAUGGAGGAAGAAAAAGGAAAGAGGAGAGAAAUUCCAGAAAAAAGAAAAAGAUUAAACUUCUUAAGCAUAACCACUCUGAUACUUCUGAUUCAGAUGAAGAGAGGUCCUCAUCUGUCAGUGAUGAUGGUUCAGGUUCAGAUAGUGAGAGUGAAGUCGAGAAUCCAAUCUCUGAUGAAGACGUUUGAGUGAAGGGGCGGUGGGUUUCCUUGAAGAGAAAAUAUGGCAAUUAUGUUAUAGUUACUUCAAAGUCUAUUUUCAACUUUGCAAUAGCAUUUGCUGAUAUACUUGUCCUUGCAAAGGAUUUGAAGUUGCAUUGUAGCCGUUCAUGAAUAGACAAUGUUGGAGUAUGCAUGAAUGCACCUUUUCUUUACAAAAUAGUUCACUUUCUUUUCCAGAAA